CCCCAUCCUCUGGCACUCGUCUCGAGUACCUUCAGGAUAUGACUACUCUAUGAUGACCCCAGAGCAGAUUGCUCUCAUCGGGGAGCGCUGGCACGACUGGUACACCGCGGACUGGGACUACGGCCUGACCACAGUCGAGUUUUUCUGCGCGGGUAUCGGCACCAUGAUGUUGCUGUAUCUCGUCUCCCUCUGGCGCCACCGGGCUAGUGCGCGCAGAGCGAGAUCCACUUUUCGCGCUGCGGGUAUUCUGGACAGAUUCACGGCCGCCUUUCGCUAUGUCACCUCUAUGCAACUGCGCUAUAAGCCUCUGGGCUAUUACUCACCACCCAUGGGCUCCGUUGUCGGCGUUGCCGGAAUUUUUACCUUUGUCAUGGCGUUUGCCCUCGCCGUUCGCCCGUACUACUGGCCAAACUACCAAAUGGGACAUAGCCCCCCGCUCGCAACCCGCUCUGGCUGGAUUUCUAUCGCUAUUAUGCCGUUUAUGAUUGCCUUUGCCACUAAGGUCAAUUACGUCGGCAUCAUCACCGGCGCAUCACACGAGAGGCUUCAAGUAUUCCACCGGUGGUCAGCCCUAUUAAUGUAUAUUACUUCUCUGUUACAUACGUUCCCGUUCAUCGUUACCAACAUCGACAUGGGAGAUAUGGUCCACAUGUACAAGACUACUCCUUGGUACUGGUCGGGAAUAGCGGCGUUGAUUCCUCAAACUUGGCUCGUUUUGAUGUCGUGGGGGAUUAUCAGAAGCCGGUAUUAUGAGAUUUUUAAGAAGCUGCACUUCUGUGCCUCCGGAAUAUUCAUGGUCGCGCUCUUUAUCCAUUGCAACUUCCGUCUCACAUCCUGGGACUAUUUCUGGGCCACACUCGCCAUCUACUCCACCGCAUGGCUCAUCCAGGUGUCACGUACGCUCUACAACAGCUCGUUCGGCCUCCCCUACACGCUCGAGCAGCUCUCAGACCCCGACAUGGUCAAGGUCACCAUCACCGUGCCCGCCCGGUUCCGCUGGUCGCCAGGCCAGCACGUCCUGCUGCGCUUCCUCACGCUGUCGCACCUGAGCGCGUUCAGCACGCACCCGUUCACGAUCGCCAACGCCGCCGCGUCCGCGUCCGAGUCGGGCCACACGGACUCCAGCACAGUGACGCGCGCCGUUGAAAUCGUCUUCCGCGUCCGCGGCGGCAUCACGCGGACGCUCCAGGAGGCGGCGCUACGACGCACCGGCGGCGGCCGCGUGCUCCUCGACGGGCCGUACGGCGGGCUGCCGGUGUCGCUGCGCGGGUACGACAGGGUGUACCUCCUCGCGGGCGGAAGCGGUGCGUCGUCCCCUACGCUCCCACUGCUGCAGGACCUCGCGCGCGGGUUCGGGGCGGGCGGUGGCAGGUGCGCGCACGUCGAGUUUGUCGUCGCCUUCCGGCACCCAGGCACCCGCCGCUGGCUCGAGCCCGCGAUCGCAGAGGCAGCCGCACGCGCCGCGGCGGCAGGCGUGCACUUCUCCGCGCACGUCCACGUCACCCGGACGGCCGAGAACGCGGACCUCGAGUCUAUCGAGAGUUUUUCGAGCGACGUGAAGGAGGUCGAGGUCGGGAGUGGCUCGUCGGACAAGACUGCGGUGCGCACCGACGCGGACCGCCCCGACCUGCCGAGGCUGGUGCGGGAGGCGUGUGCGUCGAGGCUCGGCGGGCGCGUCGCGUUUGCAGUGUGUGGCCCCGAAGCGUUCAUGUACGACGUGCGCAACGCCGUCGCGGAAUGCCAGCUCGACAUCGCGGACGGGUACAGCCGGUGCGAGGAGAUAUUCCUCCACACUGAGGCUUACGAUUGGUAGGGAGUCUCGCAUCAGGACAGACCUUCUUGUAUCUCCUUUUUCCUUCGCGUUAUCUGGUCAGCUGUGCCACGAGAUGUAUUUCGAUGUGUAUUUUUUGUGAUACAGGGGUGUUAAAACUCAGAGAAGCAGCGUGGGAAACGUACUACGCCCUUUAUUGCUGCGACGCCACUUCGCCCUUCGUGUCUCGAUUUCUCAUGUCGACCCUGAGAACGGCGCCUGCCUUCCAUGCAGCUUCAAAAGUACCUCGCGGGUCUAGUACGCACGCACGUACUCGGCUUCAGAGAAGACAUCGCCGCGUUAUGAUUGAACGGAAGAACGACCGGUAGGGUGUCGCGAAGCGUCAGCAUCCAGCCAUCUGAUAGCCCGCAGUUCGAGCCGGCUGCCGCACCCACGAUUCGAGGAUCCUAGAAGCUUCAGCACGCAGCAUGCCGGUUCGGGCAACGACACGCGCAAUCACGCGUGCACGCCCGCCGGUAUCAGCGAACGGCAAGCCAUGUUCGUUCGGCGAGGAGCGAGGUACAGCAGCCGCAAUAGUAACUCGCAUGUAAAACUCUUCCGGCUGGCAUGGGCGCGUCCACUGCGAUUCCGGCUACGACGAAACAAGUCCCGUCCGGGAGAGCACCCGCGCAAGAUCCUUCCGUCGUUAGGGCC